AUGGAUGUUCUUCCUAGCGGUAAUCUAUUCCGCGAGUUGCAAGACGUGACGGACACCGGCUACUUCGAAUGGAAGCUGUCCUUGGAAGACUACUGGCAACAGACAUGCUACGAAAUGGAGCGGUACCUCAGAGAGGAGCCCCGAGGGAAACGGCGGGAGCCUCCUCAGGAAGAGGAGUGGGCAAGAUCGGCGACCUCUUCUCCUCCCUCGCCGCAAUCUCUACCCUCGCCCAGGCUGUUCAUUGUCACGACCGUGAAGAGUGAACCUCCCAGCGACUCUGACGAACCUAGAGAUGAGCCGCCGAGCCCGGCCCCGGUGAGGCGGCCGCACGUUCCUCGUCUCCACCCGCACGCGCACGCUACGGACCCGCGCCGCCGUGUGCACCGCUGCGAGUUCCCCGCCUGCGACAAGGUCUAUACUAAAAGUUCGCACCUUAAAGCGCAUAAGAGAACGCAUACGGGUGAGAAGCCGUACAAGUGUUCAUGGGAAGGUUGCGAAUGGCGGUUUGCCCGCUCCGACGAGCUGACGAGACACUAUCGCAAGCACACUGGCGCUAAACCCUUCCGCUGUCGUCACUGCGAGCGUUGCUUUUCGCGCUCAGACCAUCUAGCGCUCCAUGCGAAACGCCACGCGUAG